AUGAUCCUGUUUACCGUUAUCGAAGUCGCAUUUUAUAUCUCCACAGCUGUGACAUUGUUUAUCCUUUUGCUCCCUUCACAAUACGAACCGAAGCGCCGUGGGAGUGGCAAUGACUCGAAUGAACCGAAGACCACCGCGCAGGUCCUUGUCCUCGGAGACAUCGGCCGCAGCCCCCGCAUGCAAUAUCAUGCAUUGAGCAUUGCCCGCGGCGGCGGGCAGGUAGAUAUUAUUGGAUAUGCCGAAUCCGAGGUUCACCCUGAUAUUUCCUCCCAUCCCAAGAUCUCGGUUGUCCCGAUCCCUCCCCAUCCUCGCUUCCUACAAACGAGCAACAAGCUUCUCUUCCUGCUCGUCGCACCUUUGAAAGUGCUGUUCCAGGUCUUCUCUCUGUGGUGGAUUCUAGCAUACUCCACAAAGCCUGCUAAAUGGCUUCUCGUCCAGAAUCCGCCCUCCAUUCCGACAUUGGCGAUUGCAUCGCUCGUGUGUUUCUUCCGACAGACGAAACUUGUCAUCGAUUGGCAUAAUUUCGGGUAUACUAUUUUGGCGUUGAAGCUCGGAGACGCUCAUCCGUUGGUCAGGGUCUCCAAAUGGUACGAAAAUGUGUUCUGCAGGUCGGCCACGGCUCAUCUGUGCGUGACCAACGCCAUGGCCUCGGUACUAAGAAAGGAAUUUGGUUUGAAGGCGCCGAUUCUACCGCUGCAUGAUCGCCCAGCAAGCCAUUUUCAACCGAUCUUAGAGGAACGAAAGCGCGAGGAGUUUCUCUUAUCUCUACCUGACGCGGCGCCCGUGCGCAGCUUGCUCAAGGAAGGAAAAGCCAAGGUCAUUGUUAGUUCGACUUCUUGGACGCCCGACGAAGAUUUCUCGCUUCUCAUUGAUGCUCUGUGCCAUUACUCGGAAGUUUCCAGUACAACUAACCCACAGCUGCCCGCAGUUCUGGCCAUCAUAACCGGCAAAGGACCUCAGCGCCAGAUGUACGUUGACCGCGUAUCUAGAUUACAGAAAGCUGGAAAGCUCAGCAAGGUCACCAUAUGCACUGCCUGGUUGAGUACAGAUGACUACGCACAUCUACUGGCGUCUGCCUCGAUAGGCGUCAGCUUGCACACCAGCAGCAGCGGCGUAGACCUGCCCAUGAAGGUGGUUGACAUGUUUGGAUCUGGAUUGCCGGUCGUGGGUUGGAGCAAGUUUGAGGCGUGGCCAGAAUUGGUUACUGACGGCGUUAACGGGAAAGGCUUUGGGAGCUCGAAGGAACUGGCAGAACAGCUGGUCGACCUGCUUGGAAACCCAGGAAAACUAGAGAAGCUCCGUGACGGUGCUCGAGAUGCGAGCUCCUAUCGCUGGGACGAUGAAUGGGCUCCGGUCGCUGGAAAGCUUUUUGGGCUUGACUAA